CCGGCGCGAGGUAGCACGCACGCGACAGCUGUGACGGACUUAACCAGGCCCUCGAAAACUGACUCUCUCAACCACCCCCUCCUCGUCGGGAACCCUAGAUUUUUCCCCGCGUGCGACGCGCUGUCUCUCUCUUCCUCCCCGCCACGGGGCGGCGGCGGUUGAACCACCCCCUGAGGUGUAUGAACAACGCCGCCCCCGGAGGCCGCUGUUCAGGCGGGGGGGGGGCGCUUCCCCUCCAGCCUCAGCCCCCGUGGGGCGGGCAAGGCCCCCAGCACGGGGUUCCUCUUAGCUUCGCUCCGAUCUUUCAGCGCCCUGCUUCUCUCCCUACUGCAGCCCAACAGGGAACGGAGGGGGAGAAGUGUGCGGGACAGAGCGGCAGCUCCCUCUCGGCAUGUCAGCGGCUGCCCCGCAGCCACCAUUUCGGGGUGCGGAGAAGAGUAAUGGUGGGGCCUGGUUACUCGAAGAGAACCAUCGGGAGCAGCUCCUGCUUUCUUCCGGCCAAGUAACCGAAGCUUCCCGGGAAAGUGACUCCGCCGAGGGUUUGCACUUGCAACGACAGCAAGAGGACGACGAAGACAACGACAAGUGGCAACAGGGGAGGCCGCAGCCAUCUCAUGUGGUCGAGGCCCCACCGCCUAAGGAGAAUCCCUGGACGCGUUGGAAACCUCCCCCCAACUCUGGUAGUUUAUCUCCUUCCAGCGCUUCCGCGGGCGGCGGAUUUUCUUCGAAGGAUCCGGAACUGCAGAGUUCUACUAAAGUCAUAAAAGCAGGAAAAUUGAAGAUAAAGAAACCCAGUAAGGCAGAUGAUUUCAGUGAUGCAACAAACUGGCCAACACCAAGUGAAAUUGCAAGCUCUGAGUGUAAAAAUAUAAAUAAUCAGAAUAAAAAAGCUCCAAUCAAAAAAGAGAAAGAAGAAAAGAAUGAAAGGAAAAGUACCAAUAAAAUAAAGGAAAACCUGGAGAUAAAUCCAGAUAUUCCCGGAGAAAAUGUUAGUGAAGAUGAGGGUCAGAUUAACAAUCAAAAGAAAAAAG